UUAAAAAAAAGAAAAUUUGAACUCAAAUUUUGUUUUUCCUACCGGUGAAGUCACAUUGGUUGUGAUAACAAGACAAAAGUCAAAUUAAUUUUAUUGUGUAAGGUUGGCUAAAAUUUCCAAUCUAGUUGUGCGCGCUUGCCGGGUUCUCAAGCUAAACAUUGUUUUAAUUUAAAUUUCCUGUGAUAUUGUUCUCUUCAGCGUUUCUUCACUUCCUUUUCCUUUUUUAUAAAAGUUACCAAGAGUAAUUUUAAAGAUGGAUCGCAGCUUCCAGAGCUUGCGAGAUAAAUCCCUCCAGGGCCCUAGUGCAUGGCCUUCAACUGCCAAGAGAAACACAUUUGUCAUGCGAAACCGAACGCCUACAGGAGGAUCUUCGCGAAUGAGUGUCUCAGGCCGUUCAUCUCAAUCUGUCCAAGUGAUUACUCGAACAAGAAACCAUGAUGUUAAAUCAUUUGGCAUGCCGCUUCCAGUGCUUGUUACAGAAGCACUUACCUAUGCUGACAGAAGCACAGCUGUUAGUGCACAUAUAUCCCCUGAUGGUUGGGCCUGGCUUGUAUGCGGCCGUAGGCUUUUGAUUUGGCAAUACAAGCAAACACCUGCAAUGGCUCAACAGCGUCGUCCCCCAAGCACACAGUGCAGGGAACUUACGUUACCUGCCAGUGAACUUGCUCAUAGAGCAGAUUUGGUAUGGGUAUAUACACGAGAGGACAGUCCAGUUCCUUCGUGUAUUGCUGUGUCACCAGAGGGAACAGUGAGAUUUUGGCCAAGCAUUGCUCAUGAAGGAACCUCAGUAGAAAAUUCAACCGAUUUGCAGGGCCAGGAGUGUGACUCUUUGACUAGCAUUGCCUCUCUAGGUUGCAUUCUUGCGACUACCACCUCUACAGUAGUUCACUUGCAGCCAGAGGUGUCAAAUGGUAGACACUGUGUCACUAGUACCACCAUGAAACCACCUCAAAGUCUUUUAGGAGGUAUUGGUCGCCGAAUGUCAUCGUUAAUUUUUGGCUCCCUUCCUACUGCGGGAGCUGCUGAGGCUAAAUUAGUUCGAGUUGCAUCUGUGGAAAACUCAAGAGGCUCCAGCGAACAAGAAUUUAUUGUAUAUGUUUUGACUGAGCACACUCUUCAGAAAUGGUCUGUUACACCUUUUGACCUCGAAAGACUUAUUUUUGAAUGUGAUGUGGGAAGACGAGUUCGUGAGGCCUUUCAAGAAAAAGUUUGGGAUUCUCAAGGAGGAAAUCCAGAUGACCAGGAAUCGUGGGUCCUAGAUAUGCAGCCUACCAAAGAUGGUGUAGCCAUACUUGCUGCUUCAGUUCAUCCUCAAGUUUCCCAAAACAUGCAAUUUGCUAUUGCUACCCUGAAUACUGAUUUAGCAAUCCCACCUACUCGACUUAAAUCAUUCAGCCCAUUGAAGAAUGAUGUUGUCUCACUUAAACCAGAGCAAGAUAUCUCUCAGUAUCAACUUUUGAUUGCCGGACACUCAGCUUUGGUGUACAGUCAACGGAACAUUCUGGUGUUUCCCUUUCCCGUUCCCAAUGGACUUGAAGAUCCUGAUGUCAUUGAGUUCCGUAAUGAAGGGGAUAAAAUAUUAGGAGGCUCUGUAUGUGCAAAUGUCCCAGUCUUUUUCUCUAAAUCUCAUGGCCUAGUCUCUAUCUCUCCUCUGGAUUACUCUCCUCAUGACUUAAGCAGCCAAAAUGAUAGUGUUAACUACGGCCCUGAUGUAUCAAUUUCGGAGUGUGGAGACAUGUCUGUGCUUGAACAAGACUUAGAAGAACUAGUAACACAUCAAAAUCUUGAUGCACGUAUGAAAGCUGCUUUCUUAUUCCAUGUGAGCAAAAACCAAGACCAAUGUGAAGCACUGGUGAAGGAACUAUUUCCAAGAGCUGAAGUACCCUUAUCAGAUGUGGACGCUCCCCUUGAUAUUGCAGCUGUGAAAGUUAGCCAAGAUUUGAUUGAUGACAUUCCGGCAAGGGACCCUCGCUGGGUUGAUAUGAAAACUUCAAGUAUAAGUUUGUCGAGUUCAACAUCCCUGCACAUUCUCAGACAACUUGAACAGAAGCAACAUGCCCUAGACCUUUUCUUUCAGUUCUUGAUUGAUCUUAAGUUGUGGGAAAGGUUUAGUGCUGUGGUCUCUUUGGGUGUUGUUAUGGCAACUACGCAUGUUCUCGCUGAACAAGCAGAAAAGCUUGUUGCAGCAAUUGCCUUUCACCAGCUGCAAAGCGAACAUGCCACUUUAACUGAAACUGCAAUACGGCUUGCACUUGAACUAGAAAGAGAAAGGCCAACUGGUAAAUUGAACGCAAAGGAUCUCUUCUUCCGCAAGGUGUCUGGUAUUCAAAGGGCCCUGCAAGUUUUAGUUAAGUGGUCUGAAGACCAGAUUCAUAGCGAGUGUUCUCCUUCAGAAGUUGCUCGUCAAUUAGCAGAAGUCAAUGAUAUAGUUCUGGAAGUGAUUGUUCAAGUUAUUCAAUACCGACAACAGAAAGCAGAAAUUUUUCAACCUAACCCACGUAUGGAGACUACGCUUUGUGAAUACCUUCCAUGGACUGCAUCUGUUGGAGCUGGCGGCCUUCGUGAACCUUUGUUGAAACAGCAAUCAUUGACUCUGAAAUUUGGGGCACGCAGCACAGGUGAUCCAAAACUAAAAGCAAAACUAUAUGAUCAAGUUUUUAAGAUGAUUGAUAUCAUCUUGAAUGGGAAACUGUGCCAUUUAGAAAGCGUUCGAGGCUCCAACAAAGAGACAGUUCUCUUUGAGCAAUACCAAAAAGCACGAUCUUCAUUAAUCGCCCCACUAGUGGAGGAUCGUGAAUAUGAGCGUGCUGUAAUGCUCGCCGAGAAGUACUUUGACUUCCAAACUUUAGUGCAGAUUUGUGAUCUUACAAACAAUAGAGAACGUCUAGAUGUAUACAUAGAAAAAUUUAAAGAUCAGGACUUCUCCCAGUUUCUAUUUAACUGGUACAUUCAAGAACAAAAGCCUGGUCGACUUUUGGAAACAUUUAGAGCAGGAAGUGGGCUGAGUGCAGCUGCAGAAAACUCAGCUCAACAGGCCGCGCUGGCAAGGUUUUUGGGGGAUCAUCCAUCUCUAUCCUGGCUGCAGCAUGUCUUCCUCAAAGAUUUCCAAAGGGCAGCCGAUACCCUAACUAACUUAGCUGAGCAGGAAACGGAGCUUUUGAGGCGCAAAAAGUCUAUGCUUUCUUUAGCAAAGUUGGCUUUAUUGGCAUCAGGUGGGGCUGAAAGACAUGAUCAAAGAGCAUUGCUUGAUGCUGAACUUGAUCUUGUGGCUCACCAGGAGGAUCUUCCAGAGUCUGUACUUAUUGCUUAUGGGUAUGAUAUUGAUGCCCUUAAUGUUCUUCCACCAGCAGAAUUAAUUCAGCUGUUAAUAUGCAGUGAGAACCAAUCUGCAAAUGAAUUUACUUUCAAAAAGGCAUUAGAUCUACUUGAAUACGAAGAAAAUCAAAAGGCUGACCUCAAACAUAAGAUUUGGUGCCAGGCAAUUUUGCGAGAUGAUUGGGUGGAAGCAGAUUCUGAUAUUCCCCUAAAUGUAGUCCAAAAGACAGUAUUUUAUAAGCUUGUGGCUCUCAUUGAAUUCAUGGAUUUUACAGGUCAGUCUUUAAAAGAGCUUGUGCCCCCUAAAGAAAGACUGUUGGAUGCCCCAGAGCUCGCAAAACUGGCUGAUCAUAAAUCAUUUGAAUUUCUCAUGUCAGUUGCUUAUGAAUAUUUUAAGGAAGUCCUAUCAAAGUAAUGGUUACAUGAAAUGUGUCAUCCCUAGAGUUUAAAAACAAUUAAGAUCAGUGCUUACCAAUUUAUUUGGAAAAUAAAACAAACAAGUGUGUAUAGUGUAAAUAUAACUGUGAAUUGAUUC